AAGGAGGGAGAGUUGGAGGUUUGGCCCCGCGCCAGGUGCGGCCUCAAUUUAACUGAGGUGCGGCGAGUGUCGGGGGCUCAGAGCAUCUCCUCUCAGGCCUGUCCCCUCCUCGCGCUCAGACCGCGAGACUUCGCUCUGGCAGGCGGCAUGGGUGGCGCUCCGCUCCUCUGGGGCUUGCUGGCUUUCCUCGCGCCGGGAGCCUGCGGUCAAUGUCACUCCCCACCAUGGUUAAAUUUUGCAGUUCUAAAAUCUAACUCCAAGUCUGUGUUUGACAUUGGGUAUUCUUUGACUUAUGAAUGUCGCCCUGGGUACAUGACAAAAAAAUUUAACAUCAUCUGCCUUGAGAACUCAACGUGGUCAAGUGUAAAUGACGACAUAUGUAAAUGCAGAUCAUGUUCAACUCCUGCAGAUCUCCUCAAUGGAAAGAUGGAAAUAACAGGCCUCGAGUUUGGUUCAACAAUUAAAUAUUCUUGCAGUGAAGGGUACCAACUUAUUGGCCACUCACUCAACCAGUGCAUCGUCUCAGAAAAUACUGUCCUUUGGGAGAAGGAAGCACCUCUCUAUGAACCUAUUUGUUGUGAGCCACCUUCAGCCAUUUCCAAUGGAAGAUAUACAAGCACUAAGGAAUAUUUUUACUAUGGCAUGGUGGUAUCCUAUGAAUGUAACACUGGGCCAAGAAGGGAAAAGCUAUAUGACCUGGUGAGUAAUAAAACAUUACUCUGUACUAGCAAAGACAAUAAAGUAGGCAUCUGGAAUAGCCCUCCACCUCGAUGUAUUACUCCAGCCAUGUGCCAGACCCCGGUAAUUGCCCAUGGAAGAAGGGUGUCAGGCUUCAGACGUUUCUACUCAUUAAAUGAUGCUGUGGAGUUGGAGUGUUACCCUGGCUUUACCAUGAAGGGCAGCAAAAUAGUUCGAUGCCAGACUAACAGCCAGUGGGAGCCUGCAUUGCCAGUGUGCUUCAGGGGGUGUCUGCCACCUAUGGAGAUAUCCCAUGGUAACAGCAACAGCACCAAGGACCAUUUUUCCUUUGGAGAGGCUGUGUCCUAUGUUUGUGAGCCUGGCUACUUUCUCAUUGGAAUUGCUUCCAUUAAGUGUAUAGAGCCUGGGAAGUGGAACUAUAAAACUCCUAAAUGUGAAGUGAAAUCAUGUGGGGUCUUCUUGGAUCGACUUCCUAAUGGCCGUGUUGUAUCUCCCCAUCGACCUCAGCUUGGGACAAAGGUUUUCUUUGUUUGUGAUGAGGGGUUCUGGUUAAAUGGCAGCUCUUCUAGUACGUGUGUCUCAGGUGGAGGGAGAGUCUUUUGGAGUGAUGAGAUGCCUGUCUGUGCAAGAAUUAUUUGUGAUUCUCCUCCUCCUCGUAUCAUCAAUGGUAGGCUUCCAUUCUUUUCCAAGAAAAAAUUUUCAUAUGGGACUAUAAUAAGUUAUACCUGUUUGAAGAUGUUCCGUAUGAUUGGAACUAAGUUUAUUCGUUGCACGAGUGAAAAUCAAGUGAAUGGAGUCUGGAGUGUACCUGCCCCUCGGUGUGAGGCUUACAAUAGAGCUACUGUUUGUUGGCCAAAAGUCCUAGGGAGACAUCUAAAGUUGAGGUCCCGACCUCCAUAUCGACAUGGUGACACCUUGAAAUUUGCCUGUGAUACCAACUUUACCAUAAAAGGUUAUGACACUCUAUGGUGCCAAGCAAAUAAUACAUGGGGACCAUCACCAUUACCAACUUGUGAGAGUGAUUGUCCAUCACCUCCCAUGAUCCCUAAUGGGCAUCAUAGAGACGGCCACAGUGGCCCAGUUGCUCCUGGGUUGUCUGUGACUUAUAGCUGUGAACCUGGCUACUUGCUUAUUGGAGAAAAGACCAUUUACUGUUUGCCUUCAGGAGUCUGGAAUGCCACUGUUCCCAAGUGUAAAGAGGCACUAUGUGAUCCUUUAAUAAAAUUCCCCAAUGGGCAGGUAGAGGAGCCUUCACAUCUUCGGAUUGGGGCAGUCAUGACCUUUUCCUGUAAUAAGGGGUACCAUUUACGGGGCCAAGCUUCUAGUACGUGUGUGCUUGCUACAGAGGGUGCUGUGUGGACUAAGAUUCCAAUCUGCAUAGCAAUCCUGUGCCCUCCUCCUCCUGUGAUUGAAAAUGGGAAACAUACGGGUAGCUCUGCAGAUGAUGUUCCAUACGGAACCAAGGUACUUUAUAAAUGCAACGCUGACCCAGAAAGAGGCGUGAAAUUCAACCUCAUUGGAGAGAGCACCAUCCACUGUACAAGUGACCGAGAGGGCAACGGGGUCUGGAGUGCAGCUGCCCCUCGGUGUGAGCUUUCUGCUUCCUCUGUUCAGUGCCUACAGCCCAGAGUUCCAAAUGGCUACGAGAUAUCUGCACAGGGUCCACCAUAUUUCUAUAAUGCCACUGUGGUAUUUCGUUGUAACACUGGCUUCACCCUGAAGGGCAGCAGGCAGAUUCGCUGUAGCGCCAGUGGCACGUGGGAUCCUGAAGCGCCAAUUUGUGAAAAGGAGUGCCUGCCACCUCCUCAGAUACCCCAUGGUCAGCACACGGGUUGGGAGAGAGGCCAGUUUGCUCCUGGCAUGUGUGUAGAUUAUACCUGUGACCCUGGAUACUUGCUCCUGGGAAACAAAUCAAUUUGCUGUACACGUUCAGGCGCUUGGAGUCUUUCUGCCCCACAGUGUGAAGAAGCAUCAUGUGAAUCCAUAGAAGAACAAUUGCAGUUGCCCUCUGAUGGCAGCCCUGUGGUUCCAGUUAAUUCCUCUUGCCAAGAGGGGUACCAAUUAACUGGCCAUGUGUAUAAGCUCUGUUGGAAUCCUGAGGCGGGGAAUAGGUUUUGGUUCCAAAAGAUUGCACUUUGUAAAGAAGCAAACUGUAACCUCCCAGAGUUCUUAAUUGGUGCCCAGAAUGUAUCAACUAAAAAAAUAUAUAAUUUUGGAGCUAUCUUUACUCUGAAGUGUGAUGAAGGGUAUAUGCUAGAAGGCAGUCCUCAGAGCCAGUGUCAGGAAGAUCAUAGAUGGGACCCUCCUUUGGCAGUCUGUAAAUCACUGAAUUUUUCUUCCCCUCUAGACUCCCAUGGUCCUGUUGUUCUCAGUGGUAAGCAUUGUUUUGGGACAGUACUUCUUAUUCUAUUUGUUGGUCUCACGUUGGCAUUAAUAUCAAAACACAAAGAAGGGUGAGUUCAAUUAUAUUGU